CGAAAUCCUUCCCUCUCGUCGGCCAAAAAAACCCUUCGAUAUCAGUCCAAAUAUCUGACCUGAGACGUCCAUCAACUUCAACUCAGUUUCCAGGACAUCGCAGCUAUCUUGACCAGCAUACGCCAAGUACGGUCAGACAUCUUGGGUCAGCACGAAUUCAGUCGACAGCGUCACGAAAAGCUAGUGUAGGAAACUUGAAAGAAGAGGAGGGCUCGACUUUGGUUUCGGAAGGGAGGAAUAUCUGAAGACUCCGGUCCUUCAAACACUCGACUCGAUCUCAUACACACACAUCACUAGUCAAAAUGCUCACAUCAACACUCCUCGCCCUCGCCAGCGCGGCGCUGGCUUCCGCCCACACCGUCAUCACAUACCCCGGAUGGAGAGGCAACAACCUAAAAGACAAUGAAGCAUUUCCCUACGGCAUGCAAUGGAUGUAUCCUUGCGGCGGUCUCACUCUCACCCAAAACCGCACCUACUGGCCCACAACAGGGGGCGCCAUCUCCUUCCAGCCAGGCUGGUUCCAAGGCCACGCGACAGCUUUUAUCUACGUGAACCUAGGCGUCGGCAACGACGGUCCCGACGGCAGACCCAAGAACAUGAGUUUCCCCAUGGUCUCUCCCUUCCAGAUCAUCGGUCCGGGCAAGAACCCGUACCCGGGCACCUUUUGUUUGCCGCAGGUGUCGGUCCCCGCCGGGUUUACGUUCAAGGAGGGCGAUAAUGCGACGAUUCAGCUUGUCGAGUUGGCGGUUCAUGGGGCUGCUUUGUAUUCGUGCGUCGACAUCACCUUCGUUCCCCCCGGUGACCCGCGCGUCGCCAACGUCAACGAGUCCAACUGCUUCAACAGCACCGACCUCGGCGCCGCCGACUUGUACACCAUGAAGAUCCUCGAGGCCGGCCGCGACAACUUGGCGGUCACCAACAGCGCUGCCGCCUCGGUUGCAAGGAUGGCUGGUUGGGUUCCUCUUGUUGCUGGUGGGUUGUGGAUGAUGCUGCUAUAAGCUGGAAACAUCGAUCGACGUGGAUGUUUGGAGGGAACGAAUAGGGCGUUUUGACGAAGCGAUAACGACCGAAAAAAAGGGGGAUGAUCAUUCUCAAACCCCAACCGCCGACUGGGAAAGCUCGGCUGGUU